AUGGACGGCGGCAGUACCAGCGGUACAUCGGAGGCCCCAACUGCGGUUGUUGGAGACGGAGCAGCUGGGUCACCGGUGUCGGGUAGGUGGAAUCCGACGAAGGAACAGAUAGCCAUGCUGGAGAAUUUAUAUGGACAAGGAUUAAGAACACCGACGGCUGAACAAAUUCAGGAGAUUACCAGUAGACUUCAAACUUAUGGACACAUCGAAGGCAAGAAUGUGUUCUAUUGGUUUCAAAAUCAUAAAGCUAGGCAAAGGCAGAAGCAGAAACAAGAUCAUCUCUUAUUGUUCCGGCAAUAUCACCACCAUCAGCUCCGCUGUCCUCCGCCUUUCCUCUCUCUACCUCCGUCGCCAAACGUUAUAUACGAACCAUGCUACAUGCCACAAAACAGUUUAGGGUUCUAUGGUCAGUGUCCACAAGUCGUGUCACCUAGCACCGGAAGGAGAAGAUCUCCACGAUCCACUAAGCCAAGGUCGCCGGAUGAUGGCGGAUUUCUGUUGACCCACCAGCCUGAAAGUGUUGUCACGCUCGCCGGAGGACAUAACACGAUGGUAAAAGAUCAAGAAGAGGAUAUCAUUAAUGGGAGAAGUUCCAGUGAUCAAGAAACUUUGGAUCUUUUUCCACUGCACCCAACUGGGAAUUUGCAAGAACGUGAGGAUACUACAAGCAAUGCUAGUUGUACUAUUGCUUCUACUGCUUGUACAUUAAGCUCCUCUGGAGGCGCCAUCGACCGUCUGUACUUUGACUUUUUUGCUUGA